CAUGAGAUCAUGACCUGAGCCAAAGUCAGACACUCAACCAACUGAGCCACCCAGGUGCCCCAUGUGUGACUUUGUAUUUCUCCUCAUGACUGAAGUUCUUGGCAAAUUGAUUUACCUUGGAUAAGAAAAGUUGGGGUCAGAAGAAGGUGGCUCCCAAGGACCCACACGUCCUUGCUCCUGAGACCCAUUCCCGGGAGAAGUCUAGAUUGGCCUCCACUUAGUCUGCUUGCAAACAACUGAAGUAAGUAUCCCGCCAGUGGAUUUGGGCUGCUACCCAGGCUCCCAGGCGGGAGAGGUCCAUAUCCCCCUCCUGUGCAGCAGUCCUCACGCAGUAGCCCCCGGGGAGUGAGGAAGUUUAUUUCAACAGGAACAAUUCUCUUGAUGACACAAGUCCUGUGAGCUGAGGUUUGUUCUGCUUUUGCUCAUUGGGGGUCCCAAUUUACCCCCUGCUCUUUAUCCACUUUCCUUCUAACCCCCUAGCGGAUAGUAUUGCCAUCUCCACAGAUAGUAUCGCUGUCUCCACAGAUAGUAUGGCUCUUUCCCGUGCGAGACUCAGAAUGUGAUUUUGUAAGAUGCUCCAACUAGGGCAGUCAUUGCCAACCUCCUCAAAGGAGCAACAGGACUUCUCUUCUCCUGAGUGCCAUUGCAAUGGCUUCCUUUGGUGGCCAGAGCCAUGGACAGUCAGAGCACAUUAAGCACACAGAACACAUUAAUCUCUACUCUGAUAAGCAAAACUUUGUUGACUUCUUUCCUGUUUUGCCCUCAAGGAUGCAAGGAAUUGUUAAGUGCAUCCCACAACCCUGCCAUGUCUCCUUCAGAAAACUUGGAGGCAUCCUCCCAAAGGUGUGACAGUUUACUAUGCCCAGGGUAUCUUGUCAUGCUAGGGUAGGAGGUAGAUGAAAAGCUAUGCCUUUCAUAUGGCCACCGUCACACCCAGCCUUCCUGGGUACCCUAAUCCUUAAUGCCACCAGAAGAGGGGUUAGAAUGUUCCAGAAGAAAAUGGUUGGCACAGUCAGCUUAAAAGAGAUUAUUCUGAAGCUCUGGCUCAAAUUUUAUACAGCCAUUUAUUCACCUGUGUCUACUGGGCACCUACUAUGUGCUAGGGUUCUAGAGCUACAAGGUGGAUGACAGAUGCUACUACCACAAAGCCAGGGGAGUUGAGUCUCUGGCAGACCCUCAUGGCCAGUGACGAUUCUGUGAUCAAGGCAGAUAUCCUUUGGUCCCAAGGAGGCUUUGCUGUGGGGGACUGCCCCCUUGCGCACUUCUCCUGGUGGGAAGAAGAGAUAAGGUAUGAGGAACAAGGGUGCAAGGAGGUGCUUCUCCUGAGGGGAUUCAGGUGCUUGCGAAUUCCUUCAAGAGUUUCAGUUAGCCUUAAGCAACCCAAAAUGUGCUUACCUUUCUAUAAGCCCCUGUUCCCUGUGUGUGUCCAGUUUCUGAGUGGGCAGACAGCAUGUGAAUGAGAACUUUAAGAAGGUAGGACUAUUCUUUCACUCUUUUUGCCUUUCUCUAUUUAAUUUCCUCUCUUCACUUUCUUUCCUUUUAUCCUGCCACACUCUGGUCACCUUUCAAAAAGCUUAGUGGCCCCUCCCCACCUACAGGAUUGAGUUUGGACCUCUCAGCUUGCCCUUCCAGGGCAUGCAGUCUCAGUAUGGGACUGUUGAAUAUGGCAUCAGACUGACCAUUUUCAUGGUCUUUUUCAGUAUCUGUAUUUCACAGGGGUUGAUGGGCUGCUUCUUCCGGGAGCCUGAGGGUUAGUAUUUUUCCUUGAAAAUCAAUUUUACUUACUGCAUAGAGCCUGUUAAAGACAAAGGUCCUCUCUCCAACCCCGUACCCCCAGCCAAACCCAAUAGACCUAUGUGAGCAAGCCUUCCCCUGACCCCAAGCUCUGACCCUUGGAACAAGCUGAAACAAAGUGCACCCUCAUGUUUUUCAGCAACAGGUUGUCUUGCCUGCCCUAUCCCCAUAACUGAACAGUGAUUACAAUCCUCUGUACUUUAGUAUGUAGAUAAAUGAUUAACAGUGGGCUGUACCUUUUCCCGAGUUGUAAAAGGAUAACUGGUUAGAGUCCCAAUGUUCUCCUUGUCAGCAUAGGAAAUGUAGGAGAAGAUAUCUUCCUCUAAGACUCAUAGCUAACAUGUGGCAGGUUCCAGCUGGGAAUCUGAGUACGGUGACAGAUGGCAAGAACCUCACAGCUAAAGCACUCUUCUAUUCAUGGAGGUGAAAACUAAGGAAGGUUUCCACAUGAACCCUGAAGUGAAAGCCUGAUACAUUUCCUGUAGAAAGAGAAAAGAAGCUAAAAUGAAGGAAAGUGUGGCAUCCACAAUUUUCGUUUUGCUACUUUUUCUCAACACCAGACUCCUGAAUGGACAAUCACCUCCUGGAAAACCUGAGAUCCUUAAAUGUCGUUCUCCUGAAAAGGAGACAUUCACCUGCUGGUGGAAGCCUGGGGAAGAUGGAGGUCUCCCUACCAAUUACACACUGACUUACCACAAGGAAGGAGAGACACUCACACAUGAAUGUCCAGACUACACAACCAGUGGCCCCAAUUCCUGUUACUUCAACAAGAAGCACACCUCCAUCUGGACAAUGUACAUCAUCACAAUAAAUGCCACAAACCAGAUGGGAAGCACUUCCUCAGAUCCACGUUAUGUGGACGUGACUUACAUAGUUGAACCAGACCCUCCUGUGAACCUGACUUUGGAGUUAAAACAGCCAGAAGACAAAAAACCGUAUCUGUGGAUGAAAUGGUUCCCACCCACCCUGGUUGAUGUAAGAUCUGGUUGGCUCACACUCCAGUACGAAAUUCGAUUAAAACCCGAGAAAGCCACUGAGUGGGAGACUCAUUUUGCUGGGCAGCAGACUCAGUUUAAGAUUCUCAGCUUAUAUCCAGGACAGAAAUACCUUGUCCAGGUUCGCUGCAAGCCAGACCAUGGAUUUUGGAGUGAGUGGAGCCCAGAGAGCUCCAUUCAGAUACCUAAUGACGUCACCAUGAAAGAUACCAUUGUGUGGAUCUUUGUGGCUGUUCUUUCUGCUGUCAUCUGUCUGAUUAUGGUCGUGGCAGUGGCUUUGAAAGGCCACAGCAUGGUGACCUGCAUCCUUCCACCAGUUCCUGGGCCAAAAAUAAAAGGAUUUGAUACUCAUCUGCUGGAGAAGGGCAAGUCUGAAGAACUGCUGAGUGCCCUGGGGUGCCAAGACUUCCCUCCCACUUCUGACUGUGAGGACUUACUGGUGGAGUUUUUAGAAGUGGAUGACAGUGAGGACCAGCAGCUGAUGCCAGCCCUUUCAAAAGAACACCCGGGUCAAGAUAGGAAGCCCACACCCCUGGACCCAGACAGUGACUCUGGCCGGGGCAGUUGCGACAGCCCUUCCCUUUUGUCUAAAAAGUGUGAGGAAGCCCGGGCAAAUCCCUCCACAUUUAACACUCCCGAGGGCAUUGAGAAGCCAGAGAAUCCCCAGACAAAUGCUACCCGCACCUGGGACCCCCAGAGCACACGCUUGGAAGGCAAAAUCCCCUCUUUCCCUGCCAAUGGAUCCAAAUCUUCAACAUGGCCUUUACCACAGCCCCCCAGCCAUCCCAGCCCCAGAUCUUCUUACCACAACAUUGCUGAUGUGUGCAAGCUGGCCAUGGGCCCAGCAGGUGCAUCGGCCACUUCGUUGGACAAAACAGACACACAUGCUUUAAGAUCUCCAAAAAAUGUUGAGACUGGAGGGGAGAAAGUGGCAGUUGAGCAGAGGGCAGUGGAAAGCUUCCAUUCCAAGACUGACCGAGGCACAGCAUGGCUGUUGACCCGGGAGAAAACCUCUUUGAUCUCUGUGAAACCCUUGGACUAUGUGGAGAUUCACAAAGUUAACAAAGAUGGAGCACUAUCAUUGCUCCCAAAACAGAAAGAGAACGGCAACCAGACAGACAAGCCCAGCACUCCUGAAACCAGUAAGGAGUAUGCCAAGGUGUCCAGGGUGAUGGAUAACAACAUCCUGGUGUUAGUGCAGGAUCCGCAAGCUCAAAACCUGGCUUCAUUUGAAGAACCAGCCAAGGGGGCUCCACCGCCCCUUCAACCGAAUCAAGCUGAAGAAGACCUGGCCUCCUUCACGUCGGCACCAAGCAACUGUGGACUCCAGCAGGGUGGGUUGGAUUACCUGGAUCCCACAUGUGUUAUGCACUCCUUUCAGUGAUAGCUUGAUUAAUGGAACGAUUGGUUAAAAUGUGACUUUUUUUCAGGUAACACUACAGAGUACAGGAAAUGCACUCUCCUAGAGAAUGCUCGAGAGCGUGGUUAGAUUGACACUAUACAGCCCACAGUUCAUUCGUUUUCAUGCUCCAUUUUCAACCAGCUGCCUCUUUCUCCAACAGCUGAUUCCAGAACAGAUCGCUUUGCUUCCUGUGAUUUGUACAUUUACUUUUUGCUAUUAGUUACAAAAUUAUGUGUUCAAUGAAAUAAAAGCGCAUCGUUUAGUAUUCUCGAGGGACAGUACCGACACGUAUAUCCUCUGGAAGAGACUUUCACGGUUUGGUGUGUGACAAAAGGAAAUGAGAGAGUCACGGUUGUUUACCACAGGAAGAUGACAGGUGUGAGAGACAAAUGCCAUGAAAACCACUUUUGAAAACCAACGAACCUUUGCUUGACCUUUGUUUGACCUUUACUUGACCUUUGCACUCCUCUCUCGUUUUAUUAGGAUGAACCGAACACAUUUAAAGAAAGUAUGCAUUCCAGAACACCUGACAAAUUGUUUACAUCAGUUCCUAUCACCUUAGUGAUACAUUGCCAAUAUGCAAGCCAAAAUGAUGCCUCCAAUUUUUUCUUAAAAUGGUUUGAAUUUAUUAAGCGUGGGUUUUCCCCCCUAAAUUGUAUUUUAUCCUAAAGCCUCUAGAGAAUAUAGUUUUGGAAAAUGGAAUUUUCUUACAUUACAGGUAAAUGAGUUUCAUGUGGUAAAUUCUUCUAAAAUGUUUUCCUGUUUCAUUUCAGCACACGAGAUAAUUUAUUAAACUCCCUAGUCUUCUGUUAGGUAAAAAAAAAAAAAAACCCGGAAGACUAACGUUAAUUUAAAAGAUAAUCACAGCAGGAUGCUAAUGGAAAUACUGCCUUACUGUACAUAUGAAUUCUACUUUAAUAGAAACCCAUAAGUUUCACAAUGUAUUUUUGAAGACUAUUUUUCUAUCACUUAGGUAAAAUAAAAGACUAUUUUCUAUCUUCCCAGUA